UUCUACAGAUUACUAAACCAAACAGUUAUGAGUAAACAUUUAUAGUACUUAAGAGAGCUUAAGUAAGUUAUUUUAUGUUAAUUUUUACAAUACUUAAGCACUGAAAGUUGUAGUCAUGUCUGACUGCUGCAUCAAGUGGUGGGGAGUAUUAUUAUGGUUUGUCUGGGUUCUCAUGGUGGCAGCGCAGUUCAAACACCAUGAGCUUGAUGAGUUUGAUCAAGUGGAGGCUCUAUACCACAGCAUUACUCCUGAAAACUGCCACAUUAAACCAAGAAGCAACUUGUUCCUGCCGGUGGACACAGUCUCUCACAUCCCCGACAUCCAGGAUGUGAACAUCAACCCAGUCUUCCCUAACAGGACAGGACUCCUGCACCUGCACAACAUGGCCCAUGCCAGAGCUUUCUUUUACUCCUAUAUCCUGCAGACCAGAUUCAAGAGACCUCCUCCUGCAAAUGAGUCCGAAAAUGCAUACGAGUUGGACCCUGGGUUCAUGUACUACUUCCUAAGCUGCGUGGCUGACGUUGCUGCAAACCCCAAAAUCAACUCAUCAGCCAUAUACUUCCAGCCUAACAUGGCCUACACAUCGUCGUACUCUGGCUUCUACAACAAAACUAUGCCACUGUUUGCUCCCAGAGCUUUCAGGAUGGACGACUUCAAUGAUCCAGUACACAUGGAAAGAACUUCUACGUUGAAUUUCUUUCAAGUCGAUGACUUGGGCGCCAUCUUGCCAUCAGGAGAGACUAGUAAGAACUACACACUGGAGGACUACUUCAUUAAUGAGUGGUAUUACUCCUGGCUCCCUCACACCAACCAGCGGCAGGACGGCAUCACCACUUUCCAGGUGAAGAUUCGCUACGCAAACAACACAAAUGAGACGUACGUGUUCCAUGGCCCCAAUGCUGCUGAUGAAAAACCUGGCCCCGUGAAGUUCAACCGUCCGUAUUACGACUGUGGCCGCAGCAACAAGUGGAGCGUGCCUGCCGUGUCACCUAUUGCCGACCUGUACCACCGACACACCGCUUUCCGGCACAUCGAGUAUCCGACCUUCACGGCCAUCUCCGUCAUGGAGACGGACUUCGAGAGAAUAGACGUGAACCAGUGCCCGCCCUCAAAAGGCAAUGACGGGCCCAACAGGUUCUCUGACACUGCACGGUGCAGGAAAGACACUACAGAGUGCGAGCCACUAGAUGGCUACGGGUUCAGACGAGGUGGCUACCAGUGCCGCUGCAAGCCAGGCUACCGCCUCCCCAACGUGGUGCGGCGUCCCUACCUUGGGGAGCUCGUCGAGCGCGCCACCUGGCAGCAAUACGAGGAGAGCUUCUCCUGCCAGAGGAUCGGAUGGAUUCACAAGCUCCCGGUGACAUACAAUCGCCUAACGCAGGAAGAGCGCAACUGGUAUGUCACGAGUCGCUUCAACAACGCUACGGGCAUCAACUCCACGUUAGGCCAUAACCUGAACGUCAACAACUUCAUCUGGUUCCUAAAGUCCGUCACUCCAGAGACAUGCCAGAGCUACACCAAGGCCGAGCUCACGCUCAACGGCGACGUCGCGUAUGGCGCCGAUAAACAGUUUGAAAACGAGGCGAGGAUGGCGAUACGGUUAGCCAAUUUUGCCAGCGCAUUUCUUCAGAUUGUUGACCACGACGAAAUCUUCGCCGGAGUUCGUGUGGUGGACCGUCCCUUUACUGAGGACCAGAUGAUGGGCGAGGUGCUGAGCAUUCUGCUUGGCAAUAACAGGGUUUGGUCGGCUGGGAUGUACUGGGACCGAAAUAAAUUCCCAAACCGUACGCUCUUCGCUCCAUUUGCUUUCAAAACGCAAGAAAACACCCGGAAGUUCUCGAUGGAAGACUUGGCUCGUAUCAACAACACGAGACUAGCAUACAACAACCAACCCUUCUUCAGAGAGCUCAAGUCUAGAUGGUCUACAAACUUUGAUGAGCUGGAGAAGUAUUGGGUUAAACUAAAACUUCGCUUCAACGAGACCGGCAUGCAGCCGAUCCGUUACGAGCGCUACCCGACCUUCUACAAAGCGGCUGACCUUCGCCACGGCAUGUGGUCUGAGCCUUACUAUGACUGCUCAGGCCCCGUCAAGAAGUGGCUCGUCAAGUAUGCUGCUCCCUUCUUUGGAUGGGAUUCACUCCGACAGAAACUAGAAUUCAAGGGAGCCGUGCAGGUCGCGGUAGAUCUUCUGAGAAUGGACAUCAAUCAAUGUCCUGCUGAGUACUUCGUCCAGAACGUGUUUAAGGACACCCACCGCUGCGACAGAAAGACGUCUUAUUGCGUACCCAUCCAAGGCCGGAGGUUUGAGACGGGCGGCUACAAGUGCGAGUGCAUCCAAGGCUACGAGUAUCAGUACGAAGAUCCAAUCACUUACUUCGAUGGCCAGCUCAUGGAGGCCGAGUUUAACAACAUCAUCAAGGAUACAAACUCAAGGUUCGACUUCUUGAAGUGCCGGUUGGCGGGAGCUGUGAGCACCUCGUCGAGCUCGCUGUUGUUGCUGUUCGUGGUGCUGGUGCAGCAGGUGUUCAGGAAAGCUGCGCGCCAUUGAUGCCUGGCCUAAUUUCUCACAUGCGGUCUAAAUACUUCGCUUCACGGAAUAUGCCUGCUUGAUCUGUAACGGGCACAAUGAAGGACUUUGUCUUGUUUCGGGAUUUACCUGUAACCGUAAUGUUCUGAAUGGUUGUGAUUCUUUGAUGAACACAGUGGAAAAACAGCAUUUCGUAUUAGCAAAACGUUAGCUCCAAAGCUGUUUUUUUCAGCACUGCAUUGAUUAGUUGAAUAGAAUUAGCCUUUCACAGUCAUGCCUCAAAGCAGUAGGUGAUUCGGUCAUUCGUGCAUCCCUCAGGUGCUCCUGGUCGCCAUGAGUGCCUUAUAUUGCUGGCCAUUUAUGUUCUAAAGAGAUAAAAGUCUUAUUUCGUCAGAAUUUUCCAGUUGAAUUUAUUAUCUGUUAUAAUUUAUAUAGGUACUCAAUGAUCAAAAUAUUAGGUGAUUCGAAUUAGGUUUGUGAGCUAAUUUAACUGGUUGCUUAAUUUAUGUACCUAUUAAGUUUUGAUCUAUCCGUCCCUUGAGCAGAAUUUACUCUGCUUUAGAUACUUAGUAUUUUUAGAUACCAUAGUUUUAUUAUAUUUUUUAUCGUUGAUGACGUCUAAUGAGAAAUAUUUCAUUGAGUUGGCUUGUGCUGAUAAAAUCGGAACUGAAUUUAAAUAACUUCGAUUCAACUUUUAGAUCUCAAGUUCUUUAUUUCUUUCAAGGACAACUUUGAAUUUUUUUAGUCCUAGAACAAGCGCUAAGUUUGUGAUAAUCAUUGAGGAAUCAUCUGAAUGAAUUAUUCCGUCCUUCGCUGAUGAUAUCUUAUAAUGAUUUAUAGUGAGUCUUGCGCAAGUUUUCCGAACAACCCGUGGGUUCUUGAAGAUUCAAUUUAUUAUGUAUGCUUCUAUUAUUAGUGAUUUGAAUCUUCGGUUCAAAGACAAUUUCAAGCAAUUCUGUCUAGAAAACUGAAACGGAAAACCCUUGUUAAUUUCGUAAUGUUUUUUCCUUCCUGCUAUUGUUAUGACCUUUAUUAGGAGUAUUCUUUAUAUGGUAUUAUCUGAUCAACUACUCCGUCCUGUGAAAUGUCUUCCAUUAAAUAGGUAAUUGUUGUGGCAAGCUUUACAUUCGCGCCGUUUGUGACAGCUUUAGAACGUUCAACUCGGUGCCUUUGAACAAAGAUAUCUUUUUUUUACUGAUGCAAUCUUUUUGCUCAGUGGCAUUUUUACGCCUUUGGCAUUUUUAGUAUCGGCAUUUCUUGGUUACCCAUAGUGCACUUCUUCACAGUGCACGGAUCAAAAUUAAAAGAUCAUUCCGAUAUUUAGCAGUAGUGUUAUAAAUUUAUUUUCAUCCAUGGUCAUGAAUAACUUUAUUUAUGCCACUUUUAAUUAUAUGUAAAUGAUGUUAUGAAAUUUCCUCGUUCUCACAUUAGGCUAGUAAGUUUUCACAAUGUAAGUUUAUCUUAUAUCUUUAGUUAAAGGUUGAGCAUAAGAAUAAAGGUUGAGCAUAUUUUGAAUAAAGAAGUGUAAGUUAAAUGUAUACGAAGGCCCAACUGUAUGGUUUCACAACAAUGUUUCCGCCAUGUCAAAAUAGAAUGAUUUAGUGUCACGAGUGUUGAAGAUCUCUGCGCACCUAUGGAACAAAAGGCAAUAAUUUCUUCUUUUUCUUAAUGGUUUUUUCGUAAUCUAGAUAGGGUGCGCUGCCAGCAAAUUUCUCACACACGGAAAGAUGUAAAAAAAAUUUUACCAUCUAGGAUUUUUUAAUGCAUUUUUUAUGGUAACUCCUAAUAAAGGCAGUUUGUCGGAAGAUUGAUCAUGCGGCCUUCUAGCACUUAAUUGUCUCGUUCAUUAACUGUAAGUACUCAAAGUGUAGUUACGCUUUGAAUCUCAGAUUGAAAUCCAAUCCGUCCUAAUUGAGUAUUGUUUAAGAUCCCAUGAAAGUUUAGUUCAUAUUUCUAACAUUUAUGUCUUCGUACAAUUUUGUUGUUCAGUAUGCUUUUUUCAACAGCGAUGUUCCCGUUUAAAACCUGGCUAAACUACCGAAGUUUAAGAUAUUUCCUCUCAUUUUGUCCAUUGUUUAUUGAAUGAUCACUGCGUAAAUACCUCAGGCAUUGUGGAGUGCGCGAAGCAUCUCAAGUUUUUUAAUUCCUCCUCUUUCUAUUUCUUCUAGAUUAUUACACUUAUCUGGAAGCCGUGUUUUUUCUUAGAAUGUUUGGUUGUGUUGAUGCUUUAAACUGUUCAUCUCAAUUGAAUAAUAGCUUUCCUCACCUUAAUGAACUAAAAAUGUAAUGGAGUAUUGGAAGAUAUCAUCGUAACUCCACGUAGCUGAGACGUAAUCUCAACGCCCAGCAGGGAUGCGUUGCGAGUUCUAGCAUCCAACAUGUUAUCCAAUUAUAUUCGUUAAGUAAAAUUUAGUUGGCUGACCGCUUCGGUUUAAAAAUGUAUCAUUAUUGAUGACAAAUUAGCAAAUUUUCUUAUUUGUAACUGUUAAAAGCCACCACACUUCUAGCCCUCAUUUUUUUCGCGUUAUGUUUGCUCGGAGGCACGUUUAUUCGCCUCCAAACUUUGCAUAUUUCUACCUGAGCUGGAGGACAGUGAUUCGUUGAUAAGUUCGUGAGGGAUAACCGAGUCACCAGCUGCCUAUAGAACUCACAGUAUCUUGAUACGGGCUGGUAAUACACGAGUUAUAUUAGUGUUACAAGGCUAAGGCUUCGACGGCUGGGUUGGUGUAGCUCUAACGCGAUUUACAUGGCGGCGUUCUUGUCAGUUACUGGGAGCCUCACUAAGGUUUUUUUUUUUCACGACCUCCGCCCACUUCUAGGGCCUUGAUCACGUGAUUUCCUUGCUGACUCAGGUUCGGGUGGAAUUUUAUACAAAGUAUUUCAAAAAGUGAAAGUAUUGAUGAGUUGUACAGUUUGGCUCAAUUUAGUAUAUUCUGUAUGAAUAUUAAUUGUAUUCUUUACGGUUUAAUUUUACAGUCACAUGUGCCAGCGUGCGGUGCACAUGCUAUUCCACGAACUUGUAUGAAAGAUUUUCAGGCAUAGAAUCUGAGCAAUGAACUUAUUGAAUAAUAUUUCUACAUUAGAACAAUGCUAACAAGUUUUCAUAGUUACAUAAGUGCAUAAAGCUUCAAACCCUCA